AUGCGUUUUCUUUGUCUACAUGGCAAGGGAACUAACUCUGAUAUCUUCGAGGCGCAACUAGCUUCGCUUCGCAGCCGAAUCUCCCGCGACCACACAUUCGACUUCGUAGAUGCUGAGGCCGAUUGUCCACCGGCUCCCGGAGUCGACCAGUUUUAUCCGGGUCCAUACAUUGGCUGGUUCCCAACGUAUGAGCCUGCAUCUGUGAAGGAAAUUCAAGACACCAUCAAGGAGAUCAUCGAUGAGGAUGGGCCAUAUGACGGGGUCAUUGGGUUCUCCGAAGGUGCUGCUCUGGCUGCGAGUCUCUUGUUGUGUGACGAGCACUUCCAGCAAGAUCCCAUGUUCAAGGUCGGCAUCUUUUUCAAUAGCGUCAUGGUAUUUUCCCCGUCCGACGAUAUUGGGGUGAAUAUCAGGCAAAAACUCAAGAAUCAGAAGGCGGAAUUUUCUGGCUAUCUUCAUGGAAUGAACAGUGACCCUAGUGAUCCUGAUAGCAUUCCCGACAUUUACGCCUUCACUACUGGCGUUCCCACUCGCAUCUCCGUACCGACUUUGCAUGUUAUCGGCUCAGCGGAUGUCUUCUCCGAGGACUCGCGAGAGUUGGCCAGAUUGUGUCCAGACAAAUCGCAAGUUCUGUUCCAUGACGGUGGGCAUGAAUUCCCGAGGACAGAAUCCUCACUGGAUCGGUGCGGAGAGCUGUUUGAGACUGUGAUUGCGCUGGCUUCAGUUGGUGGGGCAUAG